UGGCGUAACAAUAGCCAUGCAUAUCACUACGCUGGGGUAAUGUUUGUUCUUCCGGAAUGGAUAAUAGUAUAACUACACUACUCUUUACUGGAACGGAAAUGUGGCUUUGGUUGUUAAACUGAAAGAUGUUGGCAUUUAUUAAUCUUCUUCAUGAGCUCCACACUUGUAUUUUCCAACAACUUCAUUUUAUUUAAAAAUCACCACCGCAACUCUUCCCUCUCCCUCCCGCCGCGUCAACAACGUUCCUCCACUCUUCACUCGUUCACACGGCGGCGGCUUAGUCGAAGCUUUAUUACAAAAGCGCAAAACCAUAAUAGUAACAAUUCAAGGAAGCGUUGGUGGUUCAAAAUUUUCUCCGAGGAGGAUGAUAUGAUGGAGAUGGAAGAGGAUUAUGCAGAGCAACAAGAGUUGUCCGAGGAUGAAAAGUUUGAGGCAUGGAAGCGGAGAGCGGAAGCAAUUAUAGAUGUGAGGGAGGCUCAAGAAGAUAGGAGGAACCAGGACCAUAGGAAAUGGGAAGACUGGCUUUUGGAGGAAGAGGAGGAUGUUGCGAAUUCUUCUUGGGAGGGAGGAAUCAAGGAUUACAGGGAGGAGAUUCGACCGGAUUCGCGCGAAGAAGGGAUUGUUAAGUCGGUUAGGGCUUUCAUUUUCGGAAAUGAUGAUGACAUGCUUUAUGAAGAUCGUGUUUUCCAGUAUGCUUCUUCAAAUUCGGCUAAAUUUUUGGCAGCGUUGAUUAUUAUACCUUGGGCAAUGGAUUUUCUCGUUCAUGAUUAUGUACUCAUGCCUUUUUUAGACAGAUAUGUAAAGACUGUACCACUUGCCGCCCAAUUGCUGGAUGUGAGAAAGUAUCAAAAACUUGAAAUAAUUGAGGGAUUAAAAAUUGAGAAAGGACGAUUUGAGCUUGAGGUAGAGAUUGGUAAAGCUCCCCCUCUUUCUGAUAGCGAGGUUUGGUGGGAAUUGAGGAAUAAAGCAUUAGAGUUGAGAGAUAAGUGGAGACUGGAGAAUCGCAGAGCAUUUGCCAACAUAUUGUCAGAUACAGUUUCCGGGAUGUCUUUAUUUAUUCUUUUGUACUUCAAUAAGAGUAAAGUAGCUUUACUCAAAUUUACUGGUUAUAAAAUUAUAAACAAUAUUUCUUAUACUGAGAAGGCGUUUGUAAUUAUAUGUAUAGCAGAUACUUUACUAGGGUAUCAUUCUGAAAUUGGAUGGCGAGCUCUGCUAGAGACAAUUGCCGAGCAUUAUGGGAUUGAUCCAGAUCCGUCUGGUAUUACUAUUUUUGUUGGCUGGUUCCCAAUCUUCACGGAUACAUUGUUGAAAUUUUGGAUGUACAAAUACCUCCCAAGUUUAUCCCCGAAAGUGACGCGUGUACUUCAGAAAGUGAAGCGUCACUAGUUGAAAAUUCCAUGUCCGGGAUUCGACUGUAUGCUCCGGCUUUAUCAAUUAGAAUAGUUCCAAUUUUUCACCAUUACCUCAUUCUUGUAUGCAUUUAUUGAUAUUGAAAUGUCUGGCCUUUGGUGUAAUGGUAACUUUUGCGCAAGUUCAGCUACUGGUUCAUGUUUCUCUCUUUUUCCGGACUUGUGCGAGCGCAUGAGUAUUUGACUGGUUCUAUAGUACACGGCAGUUCAAGGUGGUUUAUGUGCACAAAGAGAAUGGUCUCACUCAAACCAGCCAAUAAAGCUUAAAUAUGUAAUGACCUUGAAAUUCAACUCAUUCUUCCGUUUAUGUUACUGGAAUAUAUAUAUUUUGUAAUAUGAUCAUUAACUGGAUAAGAGAUCGAGUCUCUGAAGGUAAAAAAUUUGAUGGAAUAUUUUUUAUUUGAAGUCAAUAUUUUGUGAAAAUUUUACCUCA